AUGGCCACAGGAUGGACAUCCCAGUGUUGGAAAAGGCAUAAUUCCGGUUCAAUUCAAACGCCUGAUGGUGAAUUUAAACGGCCCUUUGGCAUUCUCUGCACAUAUCAAUGUUUUCUGUGGUUUCAUCCAGUAUUUCCCUAUUGUGAGUUUAUAUUCGAUUUACGUUUAUCCCGCCAUUUUACAGUUUUGCCAGAUUGCUAUGAGGUUCAUUGCAAUGAGACUUUCAGUUUUUUCAAUUCUGGAUAAU